AGGUCCCCCAGCAGCUCGCUGCCACCACCGCUGCUGAACCACUUGCCAGCCAUGUCAGGGAGCACCAAUGUCCCCCAUAAGACCUCUCUGCCUGAGGGCCUCCGCGUGGGCACCGUGAUGAGGAUUCGAGGAGUCGUCCCUGAGAAGGCCAGCAGGUUCCACGUAAACCUGCUGUGCAGCGAGGAGCCCGAAGCGGACGCGGCCUUGCAUUUCAACCCGCGGCUGGACGCCACCGAGGUGGUCUUCAACAGCAAGGAGCGCGGCGCCUGGGGCCCGGAGGAGCGCGGCCCUGGCCUCCCCUUCCAGCGCGGGCAGCCCUUCGAGGUCCUUCUCAUCACCACCGAAGAUGGCUUUAAGGCCGUGGUCGGGGACUCCGAGUACCACCACUUCCGUCACCGGCUGCCGCUGACGCGCGUGCGCUUGAUGGAGGUGGGCGGCGACGUGCAGCUGGGGUCCGUGAGGGUUUUCUGAGCAGAACCAAGAGCCUGGGGUCGCGGGAGGCCGGGAAGAAGGAUGGAAAAUAAAGUAUUAGACCCCA